AGUGUUUUUAUACGCAAUAUGCUAAUUACACGCACUAUUUACUCAUUUGGGCCAAUUGCAAAUCUAACCGAUUUGUAAUGUAGUGUGCUUUCUUCCGUUUAUGCUAAUAAUAUUCCUAUCAUUUUCGUGUAUUUCUAAAAAUUCUUAUUACGUACUUUCUGGAAUUACUAGUGUGCGGAGCAUUAUUAUUCUAGCAUCGGUUUAGUUUCAUGGCUGGAUCUUCGUCAAGUGUAGGCUCAGAAGCUAGUGCAGCUAAAAGCACAAAAAGUGCCGGCAGCAGUCCCGGAGGUGACAAAAAGACAAGACCACAGGAUUCUGCAGUCAAAAAAGAAGGCAAAGGUAACGCUAAAAAAGAUGGUAAGGGUGACAACAAAAAAGGAGGUAAAAGUGACAACAAAAAAACUGAUAAGAAAGGCAAAUCCCCGAAAUCCGGCAAAUCUGACAAAUCUCCUAAAUCAAAUGAAUCCACCACUCAACCCCCACCGGCAGAGGACAAAGAAAAAGAGAAACCGAAAAAAAAACCGGAACCACCGAAACCUGAGCCAUCCAAGCUUGCCAAAGCUCCAAAGAUUUACGCAAGCGCGUAUAGCGACGCAGUCUGGAUAAUGCUGAAGGACUACGCUAAAGAUGUACUGCGUAACUCGCCCACGGACGUCCUCGCGUUUUCUGCUGACUACUUCGCCAAAAAGGUGGACCAAAGGAGGAAUUUGGAGAGAGAGUUUCGCAGCCAAAUGUGUGCCAAAAGAAAAGCUGGCAAAGGCACGACACCCGCUGCAUCACCUGCGCCGUCGACAGCAGCUAGUUCAGUUGGCGAACAAUCAGAAAAGUCUCGAGCCAGUUUUGCCAGCCAACAAUCUCACUGAACGCUCAAUUGUCAUAUUUUUUUUUAAAUCACUGCACGUACUCGUACUUACCUACCUGUUGUAUUUUUUAAGAGUUUGUUGUUUUAAGAGUUUAAGCGUUUUAAGAGCUUUGUUCUUUGUUUUAUGACUUUUGCUUUCAACUAGGUAACGUGCCUUGCAGGUUACAAAAUUUCGCUUUCUACGUAGUAGAGCACUGCGAACAAAAAGAUAGAAACCGAA